UCAUUUCAAAACAGGAGCCUCAAAGUCAACGGCUUUCUCUCUCUCCCUCCUUCUCUCCCUCUUCUUCUUCUUCUUCUUCUUCUUCUGAGCUUCGUCUGCUCUCUCUCUCUCUCUCUCUCUCUCAGACUCUUUUGUCUCUCUCUCUUGGUCUCUCUCCUCACAAUCGGCCAUGAAUUGAGCUUAAUUAACUCACACACCCAUAUCAAAAGCCCAAAUUUUUUCAUUCAAAUUUAUAUUCUUUGGGUUCCCCGAUCAGAUGGGCAACAGCUUUGGAAAAGUUAGCGUCUGCUUCACCGGCGCUAAAGGAGUUCAUCGUCGAACCCAAGAUGAACCGGUUGUAUUAUCCGACACCUACGACGAGGGCCUCGGCCACUCUUUCUGCUAUGUCCGACCCGACCCGACCUGGCUGGCCUCUUCUAAAGUCCACUCCGAGGAGGCCACCACCUUCAAAACCAUCUCCGGAGCUUCGGUCAGCGCCAACACGUCUACGCCUCUGUCCACGGCCGUCGUCGAUCUCUACUCUUACAACAGCAUCGAUAGGGCGGCGGCUUUCGAGUCCUCGACCUCUUUCGCCUCGAUUCCGCUGCAGCCCAUCCCGCGAAAUCUGAUCAAUUCGGGACCGAUUUCGGGGAACUUCGGAGCGGGGAUCCCCGGGUCGGGUCCGCUCGAGCGAGGGUUCCUGUCCGGCCCAAUCGAGCGGGCGUUCAUGUCCGGCCCGCUCGACCGUGGGCUGUUCUCCGGGCCCAUGGAGAAGGGUUACUCGGAGCAGUUUCAGAGGAGCUUCUCCCACGGCGGCGGGUUCGCUUUUAAGCCGAGAUCGGGGAAGCGGAAACUGAUUCGGGUUCUUCAGAGAGCGAUAUCGAAGACGAUAUAUCGCGGCCAGAACUCGAUUCUGGCGCCGAUUAAAAACCGCGUCGUUUCGGUGAAAGAUCAGGAUUGGAUCGUCGGCGGCGGCGGCGGCGGACUACAUGAUAGUAAGCUUCAAAAUCACAACGAGAAUUUGACUGUGAGCUCUGUGAAUUUCAGCAGUGAGGGGAGUUUGGAAGACGACGAGUCGUUGUCGAGUCAAAAUCUUCAGUGGGCGCAAGGGAAAGCAGGGGAGGAUCGAGUCCACGUCGUGGUUUCGGAGGAGGACGGCUGGGUUUUCGUCGGAAUCUACGAUGGGUUCAACGGCCCAGAUGCGCCUGAUUAUCUUCUAUCGAAUCUGUACACAGCUGUCCAUAAGGAGCUGAAAGGGUUGAUUUGGGACGAGAGGCUUGAAUCAGCUGUGGUGGCCGCGCCUGCGACUUCUCCUGUUCACCCAGAAUAUUCGGAUUCGGUUUCGGAUAGUGAUUUGGGAAGGAAUCAAGUGGCAGAUGCUUGUUCUCAGUUUGUUGAGGAAGAGAAUUAUCCUUGUGCAAGUGGGGAUGUGAAUUUCGAUUCCAAUUCCAAGAAAAGGGAGUCCAGGAACCCGAAAACAAAGUACCGGAGCUCCGGUCGGAAAUGGGAGGAUAAUCAGAGGAGGUGGAGGUGUGAAUGGGAUAGAGAGAGAGUUGAGCUUGAUCGGAGAUUGAAGGAACAGCUGAAUAGGUCCAGCGAAGAUGGGUCAUCGGCUACUAACCACUCUGAUGUUUUGAAGGCUUUGUCUCAAGCUUUGAGGAAAACAGAGGAGGCCUAUUUGGAAGUUGCUGAUAAAAUGCUCUUGGAAAAUCCUGAGUUGGCCUUGAUGGGGUCUUGUGUUCUAGUGAUGUUGAUGAAGGGGGAGGAUGUUUAUGUGAUGAAUGUGGGUGAUAGUCGGGUUGUUUUGGCCCAGAAGGCGGAACCGGAUUAUUGGCUUGGGAAGAUUAGGCAGGAUUUGGAGAGGAUCAAUGAGGAAACAUUACAUGAUCUUGAGGACGGCGAAAGACAGAAUGCAAUUCCCAAUUUGAGCGCUGUUCAGCUGACUAUGGAUCACAGUACUAGCGAGCAAGAGGAAGUUCAUAGAAUCCGAAAUGAACACCCAGAGGAUGCUUGUGCUGUCAUGAAUGAUCGUGUUAAAGGUUCAUUGAAGGUCACUAGAGCUUUUGGUGCCGGCUUUCUCAAACAGCCUAAAUGGAACAAUGCACUUCUAGAGGCAUUCCAAAUUGAUUAUAUAGGGACUUCCCCCUACAUCACUUGCUUCCCAUAUCUCCACCAUCACAGAUUAGGCCCUAAAGACAGGUUCUUGAUAUUAUCCUCGGAUGGGUUGUAUCAGUACUUCACGAAUGAAGAAGCUGUUUCUGAAGUUGAACUUUUCAUCACAUUACAACCUGAAGGAGAUCCGGCACAGCAUCUUGUAGAGGAAGUAUUGUUUCGUGCUGCCAAAAAAGCUGGUAUGGACUUCCACGAAUUGCUUCAAAUACCACAAGGGGAUCGGAGGCGGUACCAUGAUGAUGUUUCCAUCAUCGUUAUUUCUUUAGAGGGAAGAAUAUGGAGAUCAUGUGUAUAAGUAGAGACAAUCAUAAAUUAAAAGAUAAAAUGAUAUAGAGACAUCCCCGGAAAAAAAAGUCAGGCAUUUUCCUCCUUUUGUUUGACGGUUCUUUUUUUCUUUUCUUUUUUCUCCUAAUCACCUCUGUAAAAUACCAAUUAAGCUUCAGGAAAUGCCUGAGGAACUUGGUUGUCCAGUUUUCUGGGUGGUGAGGACUGUAAAGAUGUAAAAGCUGGCUCUAGUCGAAUAUAAACUGUCAUAGAAAAUUGUAAUUUUCCAAUAAAUGGCAUUCCUUUUGAACAAGGGUUUUGUUUGACAAUC